CAUUUCUACAAUGAAACAUCAUAUAUUUUCUUAUUCUUUUCAGAGGUUAUAACUUCCUCACCUGUAACAACAGAGUUGCCAUUUGUGACGUCCUGCGAUUAUUGGUCGGAGUGGAUAAAUGAACAUCAUCCAAGUGGUGCCAAAAGUGGAGGCGGGAAAGGCAGUGGUGUUAAGGGAGGCGGAGGCAACAGAGGAGACAGUGAGAAGGCUAUGCUUCUUAGACUACAAAGGGAAUACAAAUUCUGCAUCGAGGGUUAUUUAUCUGACAUCGAAUGCAGAGAGGCCGAUACGGACCUUUAUUACUCGGAAACAGGAGACAAAAAACUUAUGUGCUCUCUUCAUGGAGGCUUCAGAUGUCGAGCACGGGACCAGUCAAGUCGUCUUUGCAAGGACUACAAAAUAAGAUACUACUGUAGCUGCAAGGAAGCUACUACUACUCCAACGACUCCAAUCAUUACUACGAGACCAACAAUACCACCUAUCACAGUUGAACCGUGCACUAUUUACUACGACAUUGUGGAUGGUCCACUACCUUUGCCAGACAGCAGUCUGAAGGCAUCAAGUAGUCGAAGUGAAGAUAGUGCGCCUCACAACGCAAGGUUGAGUUCCGUCGUCACUAGCUAUUCAGCCGGUGGUUGGAUUGCGGGUGAGAUCAACGAAUUCCAGUUCAUAGAGGUUGAUUUGGGACGCAUCCAGCCAGUGUAUGGCGUCAUUACCAAAGGUCGUUCUGGAUAUCCAGAAUGGGUGAAAUCGUAUAAAGUACUGUACAGCAGAGACGGAAUAGGCUAUGCCUACGUCUCGGAUACCAAUGGAAAAGAAAAGAUUUUUUCAGGUAAUUACGACAACGAAUCGCCUGUGGAGCAUGUGUUCGAAAGACCAUUCGAGGCUCGUUAUGUUCGUAUACAGCCACUGACGUAUCACAGGGAGCUUGCUCUAAGGUUAGGAAUAUUGGGUUGUGCAGAAGGAAUGACUACACUUCCAUCUACUACACCUUAUGUACCACCAUGUAUUGAAGAAAUGGGACUGUACAAUGGGAUGAUAUCAGAUUAUCAAAUCAAGACUUCUAGCAACCGUAGCCCGAACAGCGAUGGCCGAUUUGUCCGUCUGAAUACUCCACAGACAGAAGAUCACAGUGGCGGAUGGGUAACAGAAUUCUUGGACAAAGAUCAAUAUGUUCAGAUCGCCUUCUUCGAUGAAAGAACACUGACUGGAGUGAAAAUUCAGGGGCGAGAUAUGGUGCCGCAAUGGGUGACUGCAUUUACUGUCAGCUACAGCAAAGAUGGAGCUACGUGGAGUUACAUUAUGGAUGCCACAGGAAAUAAGGCGAUAUUUCCUGGGAAUUACGACAGCAACUCUGUGAGCAUCGUCUAUUUCCCUCAACCAGUUAAAGCACAGUUCAUUCGAAUCAAUCCUGUCGCAUGGGAGAACUGGAUUUCUAUGCGGUUAGAGAUUUUGGGAUGCUUCCCGGAGGAGGAAGUCAAAGCGAAUAUUACUGAACCAACAGAACCUCCCACUUUAGAAGGAUGCACCGAUCCCAUGGGGUUCGAGAAUGGAGAACUACCAGAAACACUAAUCACCGUUUCGUCCACGAAUGGACCAGGAACUGGAGUAUCUAGAAUUAGGUUGAAUACGCAUGCAGAUGGUGAACGUACUGGAGGAUGGGUCCCUGCCUUAUACGAUUACAAGCCAGUCGUUCUCAUUGAUUUUUACGGAGAAAGAAAUCUCACAGGAAUUACAACCCAAGGUCGGGAAGAUGCCAAUAUGUGGGUCAUCAGUUACACAGUGCAAUACAGUCUUGACAACUAUACUUGGAUAGACGCUUAUGAAAUGGAUACAAAAGAUAAGGUAUUUAGUGGCAACUUUGACCGGAAUACGCCUGUUACUAGAUGGUUUAGACAUAUGAUUCAAGCUCGCUUCCUUAAAAUCACCAUUCUAGAUUAUCAUACUAAACCAGCGCUCCGAAUGGAAGUCUUUGGCUGUUUCAUCCCUUACGGAUUUGAAACUGUAUUACCUGAAAUUUUACACACGACCACAGAGAUCUGCGUGCAGUACGGUCCAUGGUUGAGCUUAUCGGAUCCGGCAUCAUCUUACUUAGGAGAUGAAGAACCCAUCGACCAGAUCAUAGCAGCCAGUGGUCUUUGCAAAAAUCCUUACGAAAUCCAAUGCAGGAGCAUGGUGACCCAGAAGGACUAUUCUUUAACGGGUCAGUUAGUGAGAUGUGAUUUAGAACACGGACUUCUGUGCAAAAAUGCAGAUCAAAGCUCUCACCAGUGUUACAAUUAUGAGGUGCGGUUGAAAUGCUGGACCUGCGGGAUGGAGACUACCACCACGGAGCUUAUUCCUCUGGAAAUAUGCCCCGAAGUUCCAGAAUACCUCAAGGAGAACUGUCCUGUGUCCUGCCCUUACAAUUCUGCAUGUGACGGAUCCACUUGCGUUCCUCGCAUUGACUGUCCGUGCUUUAAAGACGGCAAACGAUUCGAACCAUCUAAUAUUGCAGUCACCAAAAACUGUGAGCGUUGCGAUUGCAUCAUAGAGGGUCACUCGAUCUGUAAGCCAAUACAAUGUCCGGAUUGUUUACCUGGUCAGAUAAGCCAGAUGGAUGAACACUGCAACUGCGAAUGCGUUGGCUGCGAGGAAGGAAAAGUCUUGUGCCCUAGCAAUGGGUACUGCAUCCGUGAGGAACAGUGGUGUGACGGCAUAGCAGACUGUCCGGAUGAUGAGAUUAAUUGUCCAACAACUAUGCCACCGACAACAACCACUACUGUUGCUAUAACGACGAAACUGCCCAAAACAUGUACGACAGAUUCCCCAUCAGACACGGAUACUUGUGAAAUGAUUGCGAAUGUGUUUGAAACGUUUGAUGGCACAACGUACGAGUAUGAAAUUUGUGAUCACGUGCUCAUGAAAGAUUUGUCUUCAAAUUCAUAUUCUGUGACAGUUCACAAGACGUGUUUACCUGAAAAUGCUAAUUCCUGUAUACGAUAUCUCAUCAUAGAAGUGGAUGGCUUAAACUUUAAAAUAGGCCCUAGUAUUGAAGAUAUCACCAUUCAAGAUACCGUUGUUCCUACGAGCAACCUGUGGCUGGUAUCUCAACGGUUCAAGGAUAAUUUUGAUCUCAAAAAGAAAGGCAAUACUCUGAUUUUCCGAUCGAAAAAGUAUAAUUUCGAUGUCAUUUGGGACAACCUUCAUGAUGCCGCAAUACAGGUUUCAAAAUGCCUUAUUGGCCAAAUAGCCGGCUUAUGUGGGUUGUACAACAAGGAACAGUUUGACGAUAAAACUACACCAGAUGGCAGGCUGGUGAAAGACACUGAAACAUUUGGAGACAGUUGGAGUGUGGGAUCACUAGAAAGAUGUAUGCCCCCAACGUGCCCAUUUGACAUCAAGAAAAGGGCAACUGAAGUCUGCGAAGAACUCAGGUAAUGACAAUCUCUCCUGAAAUUUCUUACGAAUA